AUGGAUGUUGAAGCUGAAAUAAUGCACCAGCUUCCACUUCCGACGUACUUCAAUGAUAGAAUUGGUUCUUUUUUAGUGAGGGAAAAUGUACUCACUUUCAUAGUUGCCAUUGGGGAUCAUGUUUGGGGGGUUUGGGCAUUGAUAGAUUUAAAGACAGGAGGAGAGUGGACCAGUCUUUUUAAAGUUGACUUGGGAGGUGGAAGUGGCAUGCGUAUUGAAAUGCUUCGGCGCAAUAAUUAUUACGCAUGGUUUAGCAUGUUUCCUAUUGGCUGCAUUCAUACUGAAGUUAUCCCAAUGGAUAAUGACUUAAGUAUUAAUGAUGUGAGAACAAGCGUUCCAAUCGUUGCCGAAAUCAAUAUUUCUGAAAACUUAGUAGCAGAAGUUGUCAAUCCCAUUGACAUAGAAUUCACACCAAAAUUGAACAUGCAGUUUGACACUGAGGAUGAUGCAUACGACUUUUAUAAUGCUUAUGGGGGUAAUGUUGGAUUCAGUAUUCGUAAGGAUUAUGCAAAUAAAAGCCGUAAGACAGGAAAUAUUACAACAAGCAAGUUUGUGUGUUCCAAACAAGGUUUUAGGGUGAAGGACAAGAGGGAUAUCCAUACAAGAAAGCCCAGGGCGGAAACUCGAACCGGUUGUGGUGCACUGAUGCAAAUUAGAUAUGACCGCAAGAAGGGAAAGUAUGUUGUAUAUAAUUUUGUCGAAUCUCACAAUCAUCCUAUGAUAAUUGAAGAAUGCACACAUAUGAUGCCAUCACAACGAAGAAUAAGUGUUGCCCAAGCAAUUGAUGUGGAAUUGGCCUGCCAAUCUGGAGUUCCACUCGGUAAUGCAUUCGAGUUAAUGAGCAGGCAGGCUGGUGGGAGGCAAUCAAUUGGCUACACCAAAAUUGAUCAACAAAAUUUUCUAAGGACAAGAAGACAGAGUGAGUUAGAAUACGGAGAGAAGACAUGGCUGAUGAAUUAUUUCAAAAUUCAAUCUUGUGAGAAUCCUUCAUUUUUUCACACCGUGCAAUUGGAUAGCGAUGAAAUGAUAACUAAUAUCUUCUGGGCAGAUUCGAGAAUGAUAAUUGACUAUGGGCAUUUUGGAGACAUCAUCACAUUCGAUACGAUAUACAAGCUCGUCCAAAGCAAUCGUCCUUUUGUGGCUUUUCUUGGUUUGAAUCAUCAUCGGGAGACUGCUGUCUUUGGACUAGCAUUGAUGUAUGACGAGACUGCCAAUUCCUUUGCGUGGCUGUUUGAUUCAUUCUUGAAUGCAAUGUCAGGUAAAGCACCACAAACGAUUCUUACUGACCAAGAUGGUGCAAUGGCAAAGGCGUUGGCACAAGUUAUGCCGAGGACAAGACAUUUACUUUGCACGUGGCACAUCAUGGCAAAUGCACAGAAGCAUGUAGGCACCAUUUUUAGGAAUGAUGAAGGGAUUAAAAGUGUGCUGAGUCAAUUCAUGUACUGUUAUGAUGAUAAGGAUGAUUUUUGUAUACAAUGGGAUGUAAUGUUAAGGGACUACAAUGUUGUUGGUAACACAUGGUUGAACAAUUUGUUUGGUUUAAGAGAAAAAUGGGGUUAUCCAUUUGUUAAACAUUGGUUUACCGCUGGAAUGCGGACAACGCAGCUGAGUGAAAGUUUAAAUAGCUGCUUGAAAGAGUACUUAACCAGGAAAAUGAGUAUUCCAGAUUUCUUCAUGCACCUUGACAGGCUAUUGUCAGACAAACUGUACAAGGAAUAUCAAGCUGAGUAUGGUUUACUCAGUAAACUACCUAGACUUAAACAAAAUUGUCCCAUUCUAAAACAAGUGGGCAAUAUGUACACAUUGAAGAUUUUUGAACUUUUCCAGGACCAAUUCAUAGAAGCUUCUGUGGUUGGUACCGUGGAAGGAACAAGUUUUGAUGAAAAUGGAUUACGUGUUUCUAGAGUAUCUGUUCAUGAUGGCAGUAUGGAUCAGACUGUGACAAGGUGGGAUGAUGGCUUUCUAACUUGUUCGUGUGGGAAAUAUGCAAUGGAAGGUAUUUUGUGCAGCCAUGUACUUAAAGUACUGAAAGACGACACUCAGUAUUUCAAAGAAUUACCUUCUAUGUAUAUACUAAAAAGGUGGAUGAGAAAAGCUAGGGAUAACAGCGUACAAGACAUCCGUGGAUGUGAAGUUAUUGUUGAUCCUAAACUUGAAGUACGCAGAAGGUAUAGGAUGUUAUGUCGUUUUUUUACAGAAAUCAGCUCAUUUGCAUCCGAGAAAGAAGAUGUAUUCAAUAAUUUGAUGCUAAAGGGGAUGAAAUGGAAAAGGAAACACAUUAAUGUUGAAAGGCAAUGUUUCGAUGUUGAACAAGAGGCAACCAAUGAAGCUUUUUCAACUGAAAGAAAUAAUAAUCAUGAACAUAAUGAAAGUAUCAUUGGGGAAGCCAUGACCGGAAGUAAUGCCAAGGGUAUAAAGAAUAAAGAAACAGGUGGUAAGGGACCAAGGCGCAGGAAGAAGAAUAAGUUUGAACAAUACAUGCAGAGAAAAAAAAACUAUGCGAAACGAAAGAAAUCAAAUGGCAACAACAGUGUUAGUGCAGGUGUAAGUGGCAGUAGUACCGUGCCACCUAUUACAUAUGUACAUAUGAAUGGUUGUGACAUUCCUAGCGACGCCACUUGGAUUUACGAAGAUCAUCACCCAUGUGCAUGUUUACAUUCGGAAACAAAUAUCAACCAAAUGACAUAUUGCCCUACCACUAACUUCAGUCAUCCCAGGACUCCACCAACUGAACAGGGGACUCCAUUUGUUUCGUAUCAUGAAUGCCGAUUCUCAGAUUAUCUUGAUGUUGAUCACACCAGUGGUGACCGUAAUUUGAUGCCAAUGUCGGAGGAGACAACAUCCGAGAUUAAUCCUCCAGCUCGGCAAAAUUUGUUUUGA